AUGCAGGAGAGCGCCUUCCUCAGCGACUUCUUCGGCUGCGUCGGAUUUUUCCCGUUAGCCACCCAGAGUGAAAUUCGCGCGUCGAUGGUGAAGAUCAUGACAACUCUGCAGUCGUCAGCUGUUGGGGGCGACUUUGGCGAACAAGGGCGCUUCGAUGCGAUCGUACGAGGGGCGGACUGGAGCAAGGCCUCCGAAGGACACCAGAUUCCGAUGAACCCGUCCAGUUGCACGUUCUGGUGUGCAAUUGCCCUGGGGGCACUCGUGAAGGGCCAUCCCAUCGGAUCGGUGACCAAGUACUCUCAACUGGCCCACGAAGCCCUGGCCAAGAGCAACUCGGCCCCCGCAGACGUCGAGGUCGCAAAGGCGUGGGCGAUUCUGGCCUACUUGCACGGCUGGAUGGGAGACUUGGCACAGUACCAACAGUACCUGGCUCUUUCGGAGUCGUAUGUGAGGAGUUUCAGCAAGCACGGGUCCACCGAUGCUCUUCCAGUGGGGUUCUCCGAGGUUGUCACUUAUGCGGAGAUUUCUGACUCUUGCUGCGAAGAGAGGCUGAUGAAAUCGUUUGUCACGGAAGAGGAAUCGAUAUUCCAGUUGAACGAAGCUGCCACCGAGGGCGAGAUAUAUCAACAUGUCGCUCAAUCCUUCAAGGCGUUCGAGCAGGCUUCUCACGCAAUAGCGAGUGCGCAGAUGUGGAAACCACGCGAAACCCAAAGCGAGGCCGAGGGUGAUGGCCGAUCAGAGAGAGUACGCCCAUCCGACAACCCUCUUCUGUGUAUGGCGAUUUCCAACGCUAUGGGUACCGUGCUGCAAAGCGGGCGUUGCCUCGAUUUCGAGCCGCUUGAAGCAACGGUAGAUCGGUGA